UCUCGUCUCGGCGCGCUGCAUCACUGAGCUUUCAGGCCGCGUUGGUCUGGAGCGGAGGAGGAUCUAGCUUCGCUAUUUUCUCUCAGUGGAGUGCAACAUGACCGGCUUCAUGUUUGCAUGGGAGAAGGUGGAAGUUCAGAUAUGUCAUGCGCGGUAGGUCGGGCACCGACAACCUCCGUAGUUUUCAUUUUCUGUGGCAGCAAAUAAGCCACCGUCGCUUUCAGUAACACUCGACGAAGGAAGCGAGCCGCGCGGCUCAGACAUGGAGUCCUACCCGGAGAGCAGAGACACGAGCCAGAGCUACUUUAACAAGACUGUCGCCUUGCUGACAGUCAACGAUGUUUAUGAAAUCGCCAAACUCAUCGGGGCCGAGGUGGAGAGGCUUAUCGAUGGAUACGGUAAAGAGAGCGUCGAGGGUUUGGUGCCAAAAAUAGUGAAAGUGCUGGAGCUGCUGGAGAGCUUCGCUUCCAGGAACCACGCUCACAUUCAGCGGGAAGAAGAGCUGCUGAAGACCCUCGAGAGCAUUCAGAUCCAGCAGCAGAAGAAAAAGAAAGACGGCGACGAGGGCCUUGAUAAAGAAAUACAUGAGUUGCGGGAAAAGGAGCUGCAGUGGAGGAAGAGGUGUGAAGAACUGCAGGUCCAGGUGCAGCAGCUCCAGGAGGAAAAGGAGGGUCUACAAAACAGGCUGAAGGGCAAUCAUGCACAGGAAGAUCGUGUUCAGCGGCAGGAGAGGGAGGUGAUGUUAAAACUCAAACAAGUGGUGGACAAGCAGAGAGACGAGCUGAGGGCCAAAGUCCAGGAGAACGCCACCAUCUCUAAAGAGGUGGAAGCGCUUCAAGAACAGCUGGAGCGCUUCAUGAAAAUGAACGGAGAGCUCCGACACAAGCAGAACGUGCUGCAGGCGCAGCUGACAAGUGCGGUGGAGAGGAAGACCGACAUGGAGGCUGACCUGAAGGAGAAACACAAAGUGAUAGAGAAACUCCAGGCACAGCUGAAUAACACAAACAGCAUCACAUCUUCCAGUCCAAGUCAAACUCCACAAGAGUCAGCCAGAAAGUCAAAGGGCGACACCAAAGACCCGGAGCAGCCGUGUUUCACCAAGAAGGAGCUGCGGGACAUUAUUUUUGAGAGGAAUGAGUUGAAAACCAACCUCUUCCUGGUGCAAGAAGAGCUGAACUACUAUCAAAGGGAAAUACUGAACGAGGAGAGGUGUCCAGGUUUCCUUUUGGAAGCGGUUCGCUCCAAAAUCAAAAAGAGGAGGAGGCUGAUCAAGGCCAAGAUGCUGGGGAUUCCCGUGAGCUCGUGCAGCAGCAGCGAUGAGGAGGACAAGAGCUCCUCGUCUGGGCAGACAGAAGUGGACGGCCCGGCAGAAAUGAGCGACAAACCAGCAGAAUCGCGCAUUAGGAGUCUCUUCGGCUUCCUAACGCUGUCCGGCGGCAGCAGCAGGAGUCCCACCCACAUCAGCAACUCGGCCUCCAGCUGGGAGAUCAUUGGAGACUCAGAGGGCGGUGAAGAGCAGCGACAAUCAUCUUGAUCUGCUAGUGAGGACACCGUUUAGCCUUCUCACCUCAAGCCUGUGAGAGAACAUCUGGAGCUGUUUGAAGGGAGAUGUGGAUGAAACUGCACAAUAGCACAGCAGCAGAGUGAAAGCAGGGAACACGAAGUACAGGAAAAACCCCUCAGCUGUUUCCCCUUUAAAAAUCUUCCUCUUAGCUUCACUCUUGUUAAAAAAAGAGAAGCACUGUUCACGGUACGUUUAUGUCAGUAUAAAGAGGGACACUUGACUUUGUUUUCAAGUAUUAAAAUGACAACCAUCUAUAUUUUUCUAUGAUAAAAACAUUUAUUUCUUUGGUUUUAAGAAAUCAACUGUUAUGCAAAUACAUUAAGUAUAUAUAUAUAUAUAUAUAUAUAUAUUUAUAAACAUCCUCAAAUCAUUUAUGCAAAAUCCAAAGACUAUAGAAAUUUAGUCCUAUUUUUGAAAUGAAACUGCUGGCUCUUUUUGCAACUAUGAAUAUAAAUCAUUACAUUUUAUUUUUUUAAUGACUUGUUUUGUCUUAAAAACAAAAACAUCAAGGGUUUAGUGUUUUUCUUUCACAACACUUCUGAGAAAAAGGUUAAAGGUUUAGGUAUAGAAUUUGACGACACUUUGUUUUCCAAAAAAUUCCUAUGAAAAGUAUCAAGAGGCUUAAAAUUUAAAAAUAUAUUUUCCUUGUAACUGGUUUGAUCAGAGAGUUUAUUGUUAUUCACAAAAUUAAUUUAAAGCUGUCUUCUAUAUUUUUUUAAAAGGGAAACCUAAAAACUCAAUGCAGCAAGAAGCGUUUAUUUAAUCAAAUAUAUCUCUGAUCCAAAAUCUAAAUGAACAUUUAAAUAAUUACCGUGUUCACAUUUUUUCUUUUUUAUGAACAGUUUAAUGAAAGCUGAAAAAAUAUAUCUGAAAAUACUAAAACAUGUCAACUUUAAACCCUGUUGUUUAUCUUUAUUAGUACUACUGUCAACAAAAAAAACGUUUCUGUUUAACUGCACAGUGAUGUACAUUAGAUGAAUGAACAAAAUGUUGAAAAUUUCUGGAGCACAAAAGGUUCACUUAAAAUCUCAUUCCAAUCAUGUUUUGAUCUGUCGGAAAAGUGUUUUCAGUGGUUUUUAAAUGAUGAUUAUGCUAUUAUGGAUCCGAGAGGGGAUCCUGGUUAAAAUGUGUUCCAGAUUAUCGGGGGGAAACCAUCUCUGGUUCACUCAAAGCGAACCACAUGUGUCCGGUCUGAAUACACACUGUCACAACUGAGAGCUUUUUCAAACAGAAUUUUUUCAUCUGCUCCUGAUUCACCUGAUUUAUAUUUGUCCUCCAUCAUGAGAAGAAUGCUACGAUAACAUGUGAAAAACCUCCAAAACACUAUUUUCAUUGGAGUGGGACUUUAAAAACGAAAACAUUUUACGUAAACUUUUUGUGCUAUUAAAAAUUUUAAAGUUACGUUUAUCCAUCCACUAUAGAAGUAAUUAAAAGCCGAAAUGUUGGUUUAGUAUUUUUAUUUUUUUAAUUUUUUUACCUUAUAUAUAAAGGAUUUGUAAGAAAAAAAGCAUUGACUUCAAACAGGAUGUUCCACGUUGCACCUUUGUUCCACAAGAGGGCAGACUUCUGUUUUCAUUUUAACUCAGGAUAUUUAGUUUCAAACACCCAGGUCUCUGUCUGAGAAUUAUAAAUCUGUAUGUUUUCUAAAUGAUGACAAGCACUUUUUUAAAAACUUGCUACAGCAGUGCAAGGUUUGCCUUAAAUCUGUAUCUCAAAUAUUGUAAAAAAAUAAAAAAGCCAAAUCAUUCCCCGGUGGUGUUAUACAUGUUUGCCAAACUGGCUGUUAUUCUGCUCCUCCAGCUUCAACUUAGUGAGAAGAAACCACUUUUCCUGACUCCUCAUGGAAAUGUCAAAUCAUAGCACUAGUAGUUUAAGUUAUUGUCAACUUGACUAACUGUAAACCGGGCGAUCUUCUUAAAUGUGUGUUUGCUGUACAUUUUAUUAAUGUCUCUAAUAAAACAUGUAAGAUUUAUUUCCAGCUUAAUAAAAUGUCUCACAAAACCAGUCUGAUGCAGAUCUUCUGUCAUAUUGAGGUUUUAAUAAACACUGAGAAUG